AUGAAUGAAAUACUUAACACAGAUAUUGAUCAUCUCAAAGUUACAGAUAUUGAUCAUCUCAAAGUUAGUUUAUCAAAUGAGAAUGGGGUAGCUGAAUCUGUUAAAGACAAAAUUGUUGACAACUCCAUUAAUGAAAAUUUGGUGGAAAGCCAUCAUAGUCUUGAAACGUCAACUGUUGAAGAAAAGGUUCAUUGUGAAAACUCAGAGUUGAAAAGUACUGAAGCAGUGACUGAUGUGACAGAUGAUAUUUCAAAAGCAGAAGCUGAGAAAAAGACUGAGGAUGUUAAUGAAGAUGAAGUUAAUGGUGUUGAGAAAGAUAUAGAGAGCUCAGAUAACGACAUAGUGGAAACAAGUAUGUGUCAUACAGAUAGUGAAAUUGAUGCAAAUGAAAUAAUCAAACCAAGGAUAUUAGCUUCAGUUUUUAGGACACCAUCCAAACACAUUUCUAACACUUGUGGCGAAAAGUGUUCACCUAUAUCAUCACCUGUUUUGAAGACACUGAGUAGCCAAGAUGUUAUUAGUCAGUCUCAAUCCCCAAUCAUUGCCAAACAAGGGAACCACAUUAACAAUACAGAACCUGCUGUAGCAAAAAAUAGUGCAACAAAGCUAUUUGUUAAUGAAUCAAAAGGUGAAGAAUUGAGUGAGUUAAGCUGUGAAUUCUCAGAUGAUGAUGAUAAUGGCUUUUGCUCACCAGAAAUAGAUUUUAGUCACCUUGGUGAUGACAGUGAUGACAAUGAUGAAGAUGAUGAAAGAGUUGAUGAUUCAGAAAUAGAUUCUGACCAAAGUGAGGUUGAAGAAAAUUCAGAAGAUGAAAAUUGUAAAAUCACUGAAGUUGACACUGAUUCUGUUGUAGGGAUGGAUAAACGAUAUAAGAAAUUAAUUAAUUGUAUUGAGGAGGAUACUGAGGAAGAAAAUAUUAAUUCAGACUUUCAUAUAGAUAAGAAUGAAAAUGAAGAAAGAACAAUAGAGGAUCAAAAUACUGAGGAUGGUGAUCCACUUGAAAACUUGAUGAACCAUGGUACAGAGGAAGAAGAGGACAAUGAAGUCACAAGGGGUGGUAGCAGUAAGAAGCCAAAUGGUAUGAAUGAGAUUGAUUUUGACUUCUGUGAUAGUGAAGCAGAGGUAGAGACUAUAGAGGUACCUACUGAUAAGAAGACAAUUAAUAUUGAUACAGACAGUGAAAAGAAUGAAAGUGAUGAUGAUAAUGAUGAUGUGGAAGACAUGUGUAGUAGAAAAAAAUCCUCAAAAAGGAAAUGUGAUUCAGAUUUAGAGGAUAGAUCUUCAAAGAAACAGAAAAGUCCUACUGUAGAAGAAAAUUAUGAAUCAUCCCCUCAGAAGGGUGAGAACUCUGCAUCAACACCUUUUAAAACACCACUGUCAUUACUGAAAACUAGAAAUUCUAGAACAGCGGUUUCUAGUGAGAACUCUCCAGGCCACACCAGUUGUACUCAGCUUUUGGACAGUCCUCAGACACCAGAUUUAGAUGCAUUGUCAAUGACACAGGUAACUAAUGUAACAGAGCAGUUAGAGAAGAAGGUUGGUGACAGUUCCAAGUCUAAGGCAUCUAGAAACAAGGCUAAAGACCUGCUAGAUAAACUUAAAGCUAAAAGACGCAUCAAAGAAGAGGCAGCCGAUGAGGUUUUGUCAUCGAGUCCUACACUAGGUACUAGUCAGAGCACAGAGAUUGAACUGUAUAGUAGGAUGGGAAAUAAGGAAAGGAGCCAGGCACUAGUGGUGUUAGAUGAUGUUAACAAACAUGUUAACAGUUGCCGUGAUGUGAUUAUGAAAAUAAAGGCGAUGUUUGAUAGCUGUUGGUCUCUACAAGGAAAUCCAAGAGUAACUGCAUGGAGAAAAGAAUUACAGACUAUUGAGAAGAGACUGGAGUUUCCCAAGACAGUUAUAGCAGUUGUUGGAGAUACAGGAUCGGGUAAAUCCAGUCUGAUGAACGCCAUCUUGGAUCAUAGAAGUGUCCUACCAACAUCAGGUAUCCGGGCGUGUACUGCUGUGGUCGUCGAGGUGGUUAAUAAUACAAACAGUUCAUACUUUGAGGCUGAUAUAGAAUUUCUUCAAAGACAGGAAUGGAUGGAGGAGUUACAAGUGUUGUUGAAGGACUUGACUGGGUUGGAUGGUACAGUCAAAAACCGGCCACCUGAUCCUACAUCUGAUGCUUUUGUGUCAUACUGUAAGGUGAGGGCCGUGUACGGACGAAUAGACAAGUUUGAAGUUCUAGCCAGACUCACCACUGUCACACACUGGCUAGGCAGGGUCAAGGUCAUUAAAUCGAGCAAGCCUGGUGAUUUCCGUCGUCAAGUAGAAAAGUACAUAGAGACACAGGAACCCGGAGCUGGGGGUCAGUACUGGCCAAUUGUGAAACAUGUCCGGCUUAGAAUGCCCAACUGUGAUGUAUGUAGUAGUGGAGCCUCACUUGUAGAUUUACCAGGUGUCCGGGAUUCUAACGCAGCUCGAGAUAAAAUUGCUAAAGAGUAUUUGAAGAACUGCACAGCAGUAUGGGUUGUGUCAAGUAUACAUCGUGCCAUUGAUGAUAAGACUGCCAAGGAUUUGCUGGGAGAGAAUUUUAGACGUCAACUACUCAUGGACGGCCAAUAUGGCAGUAUUGCCUUUAUCUGUACCAAAACUGAUGUUCUUAUGCCCUCAGAAAUAAUUAGACCACUAGAAUUAGAAGAGCAGACAAAAGAGCAUGAAGAUAAGAUAACUGAGAUGGAAGCUGAGAAAAGUGAACUUGAGCUGACUAUUAGUAAUGCUACCAAGGAGACUCGAACCUUGAAGAAGACUAUUGCCAGCGUGAAGACUGAGGCGAAAGAACUACGUGACAACCUGACUGAGCUCAGUAACCUCCUUGACUCCACUGAUCUUGAUAAUAGUCAGUCAGAAGAAAAAGAGGCCAUAGAAGAGUAUGAGAAAGAACUGAAGGAGAAAGUUGAAGAGUUAAAUGAAGCAGAGAAUAGACUGGAUGAAUUACAUGAUCAGAAGUUAGAAGCCACUCAGAAGACUCUAGAAUUAGAGAAGGUGUUAAAUGUUCACCGUAAAGCUAUAGCUGCAAUAUGUGCACGGGCUAGAAAUGAGUACUCCAAAACACAGAUAAAGCGUGAUUUUAAAGCAGGAUUGAAGGAGAUGAAGAGAAGAGCCGGAAUGUUAAAUGAUGAUAAUGAUGAAGAGGAUGAUAUCUACAGUGAUGAUGAUGACGAUGAUGUUGGUAGUCAUGCUGAAAACCUGAAAGUAUUUUGUUGUAGCUCCACAGAGUAUCAGAAGAUGAAAAAUCUGCUGACAGAUGACGGCCCUCCACAGGUAUUUAGUACACUAGAGGAUACACAGAUUCCAGCAUUAAGACAGUAUGUACACGAGAUGACGAGUGUGAGACGUAGACAGUGGGUGGAGAGACUGAUACGUAAUGUAGGCAGAUUUGUGUUUGAUCUACAGAUGUACAUGGCAGAGGGAGGUGAUAUGAAAUCUCGAGACAGAGUGUUUGCCAAGACAGCCAUAGAUUCUGAGCUUCAGAAGUUUGAUACUUCCCUGGCUCCGGUGUUUGAGAAAUUAACAUCAGAUAUUGAUGGUGUAUUUGAUGGCAGUAUCAGACAGAAGGUUGAGGAAGGAGCCACUAAUGCUGCUGCUGAAGCCAAUGAUACCUGCUCUAGAUGGGGAGCUCCGGUAAACCGUGAUAAGACAAAGGACAAGAAGUCUGGUGGUUUACACUGGGCAACAUACAGGGCUACAGUUAGAAGACAAGGUGUGUUUACCUCUCAUUCCUAUGGACCUGUUGACUUUAAUGAAGAUUUAGCAGAACCCAUGUAUAGAAGUAUGACCAUUGUAUGGGAUAGAGCUUUUAGUGGAAUGCUGUGGCGAAUAUUGGACAAACUAAAGCAGGAAAUCAUUGUCAAGUUAAAGACAUUUAUAGUUGAUCUUACACCUAUGCUUGAGGGGCUUGGUAUCCAAGCAGCCAAAACUGUCAGAGUUACCACCCUUCUUUUGAGCAGUGCUUCCAAUAAGUUGACUGAAAUGGUGGCUCAUUUAAAGGAUAUUAUAACAAACAAGCAGCGUGACAUCUCGCGUAUUAUUACACCUAUUGUACAGACAAGUCUGUUACCAGAAUACAUGACGGGUGCCGCUGAAUGUGGUCCAGGCACGUAUAUGAGGAUAAAAGCCUGCAUGUCAAAUGGUAUAGAUACAAAACGAUUCACAAUGUUUGAUGAAGCUACACAACAACUAAUGAAGUAUCUCAUGGAGUUGCAGAAUGAGAUAGUGCAGUAUGUACACCAGGUGUGUCAAACUCUGAUACAGGACUUGAGAACAGCAUUUGAGCCACUUUGGGAGGCCCCAGCCAAUACCUCUGUCAUUAGAUCAGCUUUUAGACAAUCAAUUGGUGAAGUAUGUACCAGGAUGCAUGACAUAUAUGAUGAGGCAGGUCUGUCACAUAGUGAGGAGAGAGCUCUUAUGUCAACCAGCAACACCAGUACUGGCCAGGAAAGCUCGAACUUUUCUACAACAAGCAGCUAUGAUUCUGGUACAACAAAUGAAUGUUACAAACUAAGCCUACAAGUUAAGACAGAGAAGUUAAGUCAAGGCAAUGAUUUUGAAACCAUGGAAACAGCUUCUAUAGAACAAAUUAUGCAUAUCAAGCAAGAAAGGAAUACUGAUGAAAUUGAAGGGAAGCCAUCAACUGUUGAUCGGUCUGUGUUAAACUUUGGUUGUCAGACAUUACAAGAUCUGCAGUGUGGAAAGUUAGAGGUGUCGCCUAUUGAAGUUACUGUAAAGACAACUCCAGCUACAUCUUCUGGGCCUAAUGUAAUUAUCAUGCCCUCUAGUCAUGGAAAUAGCACCAGAUAUAACAAACCUGGUAGCAUUAUUGUUCCUGCCAUCAGUGGUAAGAACCAAGGAACUAAGGCAAUUGUAGCACAGCCUAAUGUAGGUCACCUGUCAUCUCAGAAGGGCAGUUCAGCACAAUAUGGACUGAUGCAAACUUUACCCAAUGGCAAUAAUUUCAUCCAGCCUUAUCAAAUGAGUAUUCUUUCAACUGGACAAAAAGUACUUCUUCCAAAUGUGAAAGGACCAGUUUCUAGUACUUUUGUACCAAGUGCCAGUAAAUCAACAUCAUUGCCAAAUUCAAAUCUUUUAUUGAAUGUUGCUGGUACAAGUACGGGAAAUAAACUACCAAACUCAAAUCUCUUGCUUAAUUUAGCAACACAGGCAAGUGUUAACAGUUCAAAACAGACACCAACAAUACAAGUAAAAAAAUCAGUUGGGAGUUUUCAACAUGGAACGCCAGUUUUAAAUUCUAGUCAGAGACAGUCUUCAAUACCCACAUUGAAUAUGGUAUUUGGGAAGGAAAAUGUUAGUUUAACACCUUCAAAUAGAAGUAAUCAUGGAGUACCCAGUGGUAGUCAGCCAUGUGUGAGUAAUUCUAGUCAAAGUAAAGGUAAGAAAAAGACUAGAACCAUAAAUCUUUCCCGUUCACAGAAAAAUUCACCUGCACGGAUGCCAUCACCAAUUCCUGUGAUCAAGACAGAACCCAUGGACAGAGGUGUUUAUGGACGUGUCAAAGAUUUAGGAACAAUAGAUCUCACAGAUGACUGAACAUGUUUGAGAAUAUGACAAGAAAAUGGAGCUUUUAUAUAGAGACUGACAUUGAGAAAGUGUUUUCUGCAGUAUUUAAGACUGUGCAUAUCAACAUGUUUAUAGACACAAACUUUUUAAAGUGCAGUUAACAAUUGUGGAGAAAGAGAGGAGAGAGGGGAGGAAUGGGGAAAUUCAGUGUCUUUCCCACCCCCAGGGCCACCCCAAUAGUCAUCAAAUUUUUUCACCUUUAUUUGUUGUAGUGUUGAAAUAGUAGCUCUGUUUUUGUUUCUUAACACAGUAUUACAAGUUACGUUUUUUUAUUGUUUUUUUUUUUAUGUAAUAAUAACCUUUUAUGUGCUUUUUUGUAUUUUAUAUUUUAGUUUAUCUUUCUAUAACUCUCCAUAUAAGUAAUAUAUAUUACAUGUAUAGCCAUAUAUAUAACCAUGCAUACUUGACAACAUACCCUGGGGCAAUAUUAUCAGUGUCUUAAACAGUUUAUAGUUUGCAUCUGCAUAAUGGUAGUAUUUUGAUAUAUUAUUUGAUAGUUUACUUAUUUGAUGUAUAAAUCAGUUAAAUAGUUUAUAUCAUAUGUUGGUUCAAUAGACACAUUAUUUAAAUGCUUACAGUCAAUCACAUAAUAAACGAGUACAAAUAAAUCGUUAUGAGACCAGGUGUAACAUUUUACAGAAUUUUCAUGACAUUGAAAAUAGUUUGUGGCAUGAUCAUUGUUUAAUAAAGUUUCACCAAAUUACAGCUUAUCAAACUAGGGGUGUAAUAUGUGCACUUUAUUCUGGCAAAAAAUGUGACUAAAAAGGUAGAUCUAUGCCAUGCCCUUUUAAUCAUAUACAAUUUUCACAUAAGGAAAAGAUAGGUGCUUUUUUAUGCAAACAUUUGAUAAAGGAAAUAUAUGCUAAUUGAUAGGCAAAAUUUCAAAAAUUGGUAAAAGUGUAGACAGUUUUUUCUCAUUCAAUAAACUUAUAAUCUUUUUUAAAAAUCUGUUUUCAUUCUAUUUACAUGUAUAUAUAUGUAAACUGUAUUAAGUAUUCUUAAGUGAGUGUUGGUAGUAUUUUUAUGAGUUUCAGCUAAAGAUAGAUUUCAUGGCUUUCCUUUAAAGAGAAGAAAAAAAUAUUGUAUAUAGUGUAUUUCUUCAAGAAAAAUGCUAUAAUUCUGACAUCCAUUCAGUAGAAUUAAUAAAAACACCAAAAACAUAAGGAAGUGAUUUGCUUUUCCUAACACAAACAAUGGGAUAAUAGUUCUAAUCUUUAUUGUGCUUUUACAAGCAGAAUUUAACCCAUUACUUCAUGAGCAUUUUGUGAAAAAUGGCUGUUUUCAUUGAAAAGUCUCUCGUUACAAGUUCAAAUUGCUAUAAUACUAUAAAAACUGCUUCAACACUAAUCAAACUUGGCACAAAUGUUGACUGGACCAAUGCCCUUGCAACAACAUGCUCAGGCUUAAAUUUUCUGUUACCAUGGCAACGAGGGGACAUCUCAAAAUUGCCAAAAAUCACUAUUUUGCGUUGAUUUUUUCCAUCAUAAUUGAUUUCAAAGUGCUGCAACUUCUCAAUGGAUUGAGAUAGAGUCAAAUGCUUUUCAGUGUUGGUUACACGUUACCUUAUGAUCAAUCUGAGGUCAUUUAUAGCCUCUCACAAGUCCAAAAUUUUCUUGGCGAUGAGGGGGACUCCGCCCCCCUUCAAACCCCCCAAACAGAAGGGGGCACAUCCCCCUUCUGGCAACCCCCUGAUGUAUCUUUUGGUUGGGGGGCCGCGCCGAAAAAGUGGUCACUUUUUUAACAACAUUUCUCAAACAAAAACCAAGUGUUGGGGGCCUAAAUAAGGCAUUUUUUCACCAUUUGAGACAACAAAAAAGGGGGGUGAAAAAGGCGUGUAUAUGAAGUAAUGGGUUAAACAGAAAAAAAUGUUUGGGUUUAUAUUCACUGUUUUAUUACCUCGACUAUUCGCAGAAUAAUCAAGCUAAUGCAGACACCCAUUUGUUGGCAUCGCUGUGGUUAAGUUUUUGCGUGUAAGCUAGUAACUACUGAAGGGAAUGGAUUGAAACUUCACACACUUUUUCUCUGUGAUUAUCUAACAUGAUUGCAUAAAUCCCAUAACUCUGAUUUGCUUUUUAGCUCACCUAAGCAUAUGCUCAUGGUGAGCUAUUAGGAUCACUCUUCAUCCGUUGUCCGUUCACACUUUUAAAACGACAUCUCCUCUGAAACCAUAAGGCAGAUCAUAAUGAAACUUCACAGGGAUGUUCCUUGUGUAAAGCCUUAACAAAGUUGUUCAAAGAAUUCCAUUCCAUGCAGAACUCUGGUUGCCAUGGCAACCGAUAGAAAAAACCUUAAAAUAUCUUCUUUUAAAAAACCCAAACAGGUAGAGCUUAGAUAUUUGGCAUGAAACAUUUUCUAGUGAGUGUCUAUCAAGUUUGUUCAAAUAAAAGUCCUGGGGUCAAAAUUGGCCCCGCCCCGGGGGUCAUUGUUUUCCCUAUAUGCAUAUAGUAAAAACUUAAAAAUCUUCUUUUAAAGAACCCAAAGAGCUAGAGCUAAGAUAUUUAGCAUGAAACAUCUUCUAAUGGGUGUCUUCCAAGUUUGUUCAAAUAAAAGCCCGGGGUCAAAAUUGGCCCGGCCCCAGGGGGUCAUUGAUUUUCCCUAUAUGCAGUUGGUAAAAUCUUCUUUUAAAGAACCCAAAGAGGUAGAGCUAAGAUAUUUAGCAUGAAACAUGUUCUAAUUGGUAUCUACCAAAUUUCUUCAAAUAAGAGCCCUGGGGUCAAAAUCGGCCCUGCCCCGGGGGUCAUUGUUUUUCCCUAUAUGCAUAUAGUAAAAACUUAAAAAUCUUCUUUUAAAGAACCCAAAGAUAUUAAGCAUGAAACAUCUUCUAAUGGGUGUCUACCAAAGUUUGUUCAAAUAAAAGCCCUAGGGUCAAAAUUGGCCCAGCCCGGGGGGGUCAUUGAUUUUCCCUAUAUGCAUAUAGUAAAAACUUCUAAAAUCUUCUUUUAAAAAACCCAAAGAGCUAGAGCUAAGAUAUUUAGCACGAAACAUGUUCUAAUUGGUAUCUACCAAAUUUGUUCAAAUAAGAGCCCUGGGGUUAAAAUUGGCCCUGCCCCGGGGGUCAAAGAUUUUAUUUAUGUGUAUAGCAAAAACUUUAAAUAUCUUCUAUGAAAAAACCCAAAUAGCUAGAGUUAAGAUAUUAAGCAUGAAACAAUUUCCAGUUAGUGUCUUCAAGUUUAUUCAAGUAAAAGCCCUAGGGUCAAAAUUGGCCCUUGCCUGUGGGACAUUGAUUUUCCUUAUAAAUUAUGUGUAUAGCAAAAACUUAAAAAUCUUCUUUGAAAAAACCAAAUAGCUAGAGUUUAGAUAUUAAGCAUGAAACAUCUUCUAGUGAGUGUCUUCAAAGUUUGUUAAAAAAAAAAAAAGCCCUGGGGGCAAAACUGGCCUCGCCCUAGGGGUGUCAUUGCUUUGAACUAUAUGUGUAUAGUUAAAUCUUAAAAAAUCUUUUUUUUAAAAACUCAACGAGCUAGACUUUAGAUGUUUAGCAUGAAACAUCUUGUAAUGGGUGUCUACCAAGUUUGUUCAGAUAUAAGCCCUGGGGUUUAAACUGGCCCCACUCUGGGGGCCUAUAUACAGGUGAGCGACUUCAGGGCCAUCAUGGCCCUCUUGUUUGCUUAUUUAUUCCCUUUUUUUUUUCGACUUAAAAAUUCUUGGUUUAGUUUUUGCUUGUAUGCUGGUAUCUCCAUAACUACUGAAGGGUUUGGGCCUUUUUUGUGACAACUUUAUGCAUUUGUAAUAAUCAAGCAGUGAUUUACUCGAUAAAACAUCUUAGUAACAAGCCUUUGUACCUUUUUGGACAAUUUUAUGUAUUCAUAUAAUAGGUAGCAUUAUUAUACUCCAUGAAACACCCUUGUGACAACUUUUUCGAAUAGUCUAGCGUUGCUGUCCUCCCAACAGUUCUUGUUGUAGAUAAAGUUCUUAUUCUUGAAAUGGUUACAUCAGUUAUAAGAAGAGUGAUUUAUCAUGCCAUUACAUUGAUUUCUGUUGAUAAAGUGCAUGCCUGAUAAAUUUAGCUUUAUCUGUCACCCUCUAGCUUUAUCAGAGACCUCAUCAAUUACAUAAUAAAAUGAAGAGAAUGGAGUAUUUUUACCUCGGACCCUUUUGUUUAAAAAAAUAAAAAUAGAAUCAAACUGAUCUAAACUUUAAAUCAAAUACAUUUUUCGAAUGUUUGAAUGUUAAAGUCUCUCACUUUUGAAAUAUAAAAAUAUUAUACAAAUAUGGACUUUUUAGCUGUUGAAUAUGAUGUGAUAUGUACUGAAAAAAUUAAUAUUGACCGAGGCGAUCAACAGCUAAAAAGUACAUAUCUGUUUUAUUAUAUAAUCUAUAAAUAGCUUUUAUAUGGCUUAUCACAUCUGCCAUUGCAUACGACGGAAAUCAUUAUUUUUCAGCUUGUCUACUGUUUCCAUAAUUUGGCCCUUUCCAUUGGCAUGCUAAUCCUUAUUUUAUUUAAAAAUGAAAAACGGUAACUAAAAUAGACUAAUUUGACUCUUAUGUACACGCAAUGCAACGUUUCUUCAGAAUAAUAACAACAAACUUGGCGUGACGUCACGUCAAAGUCUCGCGUCUUUUAGGGAUUUCCAGAAAAUCUAUUUUUAGAAGAAAAGCCGGUGAAUAUACUCUGAAAAUCUAUUUUUAGGAAAAAAACAGUGAAUAUACUCUGAUAUUGACCUGUUAUUUUUUACAAAAAGUUGCUUGUUAGCCAAUCAGGGAAAGGCAUUUCAAAGCUAUUUAUAGAUUAUAUAAUAAUUGGGACUAUUUCAUAUUAAUAUUGACCCUUUGCAUAUUAUUGCGCCCAUUAUGGUUUUUGUUUCAUUUGAAAUUUAAAGAAAGACAUGCAUAUUAAAAUUGCAAACAUGAUAAAUUAUAAAAACAAAACAAGUGUCUGAUACAGGCUCGGCAUGAAAAACACGAUAGGCUCGGCAGUGCCUUGCCCUUCUUUUCUUAAGCAUGCAUGAUAAUUCUUUUAUUUUCAGAUACUAGCAUGUAGUACAUGUAUUCUCUAUUUAUUUACAUUUAUCAAAAAAAUUCUUUUAACUUUUAUUACUUUGAUCAGUUUCAAACCAUUUUAAUCAAUACUUUUGUUUUUAAUCAAGGUCAUAAUUCACGUAGUAUAUUUUAAAUUGUGACGAGUUGCACUAAAAUUUUAGGGUUUUUGCCAACAGUUUAUAAACAUUAUAUAUUCUUAAGGCUUUUUGGCCUUUUAAUACACCUGUUUAAAAAGCUGGUGAGGUAUAUUUUAAUGUUCAUUUAAAAGAAUGAACAGAAUGAUCAUCAAUAAUAUUCCUCUGUAUUAUUUGUAAGGAAAAAAAUUACCCCAAGGAGACCAUUGAUAUGUGAUCUAUAUGUGCGACUGAAAUGAUAUUUAAUAUGGCACCAAAGUAACCUAUAUCGCUGCAGUCUGGACUUCACUAGAAUAUUAUGACUGCUACAAAUUUAGAUUUUUAUUAGUGCAUAAUUUACAGACAAGGGUAAAACUGUUCAUAUUAUUCAUUUAUUAUCUCCCUUUAUAAAGUUGGCUUCAAUAUGGUCAUUUAAUCCAGGAGUACAUCUGUUGUCAUUAACAUAUAAUAAACACACAGUUUCUAUCAUCAAGUAAAAGCAUGUAUGCAUUCUGAUGAAACUUUGCAAAUUUAAUAUUUUUUGUUAAAUUCUGAUUUUUGUACAAGUUUGACCCUCAAAAGCAUUUAAAAUUUUCAAGUGCAUGUGGCAGUUUCAAGUACUACUACGAACAAAAUAUACAAGAAUUAAAUAUUUACAUUUAUAUUAAGUAUAUAAAUUUGAUGAAAAUGUUGCUGUUUUUAUAUACAACUUGGUUUUUUGCUUUAUUUUAUUCAGUUCCUAGCUUAGUUCUUUUUGUUUCUAGAUAUUUUAAAAUGUUCACAAAUAAUCAUGAUACAUAUUUCAAAAUUAAAUGAUUUUGUUAUUAUAAA